AUGGAUGAAUUCUCGUGGAACAGUGCCAUCCGCCACCCUCACGGAGAAAGGCACCCCAUUAACAACAACAACCCGGAAAACCCCAACCCCAGCCCCACGGAACUCCUAAUCGAAGUCCACGCCCUAGCCCUAAACCCAGUAGACCACCACCAACGCGACACAGGCUUCUUCAUCCAAGAAUACCCCGCAAUCAUAGGCUCCGACGUCGCGGGGGUAAUCAUCUCCUCCGGACCCUCGACACGAGCCGCCCUGAGACCCGGAACGCGCGUGACGGCACUGGCGAGUUCAUUCUUCAACGGCGGUGCUGACUACGGCGCGUUUCAGAGACGUGUGCUCGUGUCUGAGGAGACUGUGUCUGUUCUUCCGGAUGGGGUUUCGUUUGUUGAGGGGGCUGUUUUCCCGCUUGCGGCUUUCACGAGUUGGAAUGGGUGGGUUUGGGCUGGUUUGCUGCCGACUGCGACUGCUGGUCUCGCGGGUGUGGGCGAGGGGGUUUUUGUUUGGGGCGCGUCGAGUAGUAUUGGGGCUUUGGCUGUUCAGGAGGCUAAGGUGAUGGGGUUUGUUGUUUAUGCUACUGCUAGCCCGCAGCAUCAUGAUUAUAUUCGUGGUCUUGGGGCGGAUCGGGUAUUUGAUUAUAAGGAUACGGAUGUGUUGGACCAAAUUGUUCGGGCGGCGGGUGCGGAUGGUGUGAGCAUUCGAAUUGGAUACCAUGCUACUGGGAAUCAGCAGCUGGCGGCUGAUGUUCUCGAUGCGUUGAGAGGGGAGAGAGAGGGAGAGAAGUCGAAGCUGGCGAUUGCGCCGAUCUUGGAUCUGGAGUGGAAGGUUCCUGAUGGGGUCGAGGCUGCUUUUGUGUAUCCUCCACAGGACCGGGCGGAGUUGAAGGAGAGGAAUCGGGCUAUCUUUGUGGAUUGGCUGGAGGGUAAGCUUGCUAGUAAACAAGUUGUUGCUAGUCCCCAUAUCAAAGUGAUCAAAGGUGGACUGGAGUCUGUUAAUGGGGCUUUGGAUGAAUUGAAGGCUGGCGUCAGCUGCUUGAAGAUUGUGGUGGAACUGUGA